AUGAAGAUCUGUAUUGCACCCAUAGUUUUUUCAGCAUGGCUCACGCUCUUGGCCUACAGACUUUUAUCAUCAUCAAGAAGAAGAAGAAAACAUGGACAAAUUCGUCAUCAUCACAACCAAGAUGACGCAAUCGGUGAACUACCGGAUUGUGUCCUGAUCUCCAUCCUCACGCUCCUGCCGGUCAAGGAUGCUAUUCGGACCAGUGUCUUGUCCAAACGGUGGACGACUCUUUACAAAUUUGUCGUCCACCUCAACCUCCACUGCCAUCACCUCGAUAAUGAUCGUUAUAGAUUUGAUAUGGUCAAACGAUAUGUGUAUCGCCAUUGCAAUAUAGAUAUCAGCUUCAUCACUCGUCGCCUUUAUAAAUCGAUCGAUAUCCGUCACAUAUCCUCAAAGUAUUUCGACUCCCGACGUGGUUCUAAAAUUCAUAGUCUUGUUUUCUGUUGUUGUCUGAUCAAAUCAUACCCCUACCACUUUUCAUACAUGGGAGGAUUCCGGGCAUUCCUUAAAUAUCUAGAUAGCACAGCUGACGUUAAGAAACUUGUUGUUCAAUGUUGUUGUUUGGCGAUGCAGCCACAGCCCUGCUGCCCUUAUUCGUAUUCUUGCGUCCACCUUCUUUACUGUAUGCCCCGCUUGAGGUACUUGGAGUUUAAAUCGAUCUACACCUGGCAGUGCUUGCCCAAAUUGCAUACCAAUAUGUCCCUCCGGAAUAUGAGGUUGAGUAAAGUUACUGUACUCGACGGGGCACUAGACCUCAUCCUGUCGGGUUGUUUGGGCCUCUGCUCAUUGAGGAUGGAUUACUGUGAGUUUCGUAGUUCGAAAUUGCAUAUAUGUGGGCCCAACCUUCGACUGGAGCAUCUCGACAUCGAGGAGUGCAGAGGGGUGGAGGAGAUCGAGCUUUGUGCCAACAAUCUUGUUACGUUUGAGUUCCAGAGCCGCAGUAAAGUAGUCGAGCUCAUAUUCGACCAUGUCCCUCGGCUGCAGAGCAUGUAUUAUGUCUUUGAACAAGACAUUAUGUUACAUGUUUUUGUUAGACGUCCCUCUGAAUUGCCUACCAAUCAGCUCAAGUCGUUAGCUUUUGUUAACAAAUAUGACAUCAGUAAAGCUGUUAUUUAUUGGGUUCGGAAGGUUGGUCAGACUAAUACAUAUAGUAACCUUAGACAAUUAAGGUUGCGGUUUUCUCAUACAACCUACACAACUAUGCUUUUGGGGAUAAUUCGACUUCUUCGGAGUUGCCCGCUCUUACUCGAGUUUCACUUGGAUACUGAAACUGUGGAAAGUGAUGGUCGUAAAGCAAUGAGACCACCGACAGCAGAAACACAUUCGCACUUGAAAAAAGUGGAAAUAACAGGAUUUUGUGGAUCUAUAAACGAAAUCGAGUUUGCGUUGUACAUACUUGAAAAUGCAACCUGUCUGGAGCAAAUGCAGAUAAGCCGGUGUCCCAAUAAGUGGCACACUGGGUUUGGCAGGUGGAUGGAGCAUGAAGACAAGCCUCGUUGGAGUCGGCAGACACGGAAAAACAUCCGCCAACAGUUGCAAGGCCGAGCUCUUUCGGAGACCGCACGAAUUUUCAUCUUCUUCACAGCCUCGGGCGUUUUGACCUCGCACAGCUUCUUCGUCUUCUUCUUCUUCACCUUCUCCGCAGCCAAUUUUCGGAUCGCCAGUUCUUUUCCAGCGGUCGUGUCGAUUUUCUUCGGAAGAAUCGAGGUUCUCGCAGAGGUCGGAAUCGUGUACGAGCUCUUGACCUUGACGAUCUUUUUCGAUCUGACGAGCCUUUUCAAUUAA